AAAUUUUAAACUCUCGUCCUUCUCAGUGAUGGCGGCUGCGUUCCGAUCUCUCCCGACAAACAGCCACAACAAAUGGUACUUUACCCGGCAGCAGAUCGACAACAACCCGUCCCGGAGAGCUGGACUGGACCCCGAUAAGGAGCUCUCGUACCGGCAACAAGGGGCGAACCUGCUGCAGGACAUGGGACAGCGCCUCAAUGUCUCACAACUCACGAUCAACACCGCCAUCGUGUACAUGCACCGCUUCUACAUGGUCCAGUCCUUCACCAGGUUCCACAGAAACAUCGUGUCCCCAGCAGCGCUCUUUCUCGCGGCUAAAGUCGAAGAGCAGCCGCGUAAACUGGAGCAUGUCAUCAAAGUGGCACACGCAUGUUUGAAUCCCCAGGACCCGUCUCCAGAUGUACGCAGUGACGCCUACCUGCAGCAAGCCCAAGACCUGGUCAUUCUUGAGAGCAUAAUUCUGCAGACCCUGGCUUUUGAGAUCACCAUCGACCACCCACACACCCAUGUUGUGAAGUGCACUCAGCUCGUGCGAGCGAGCAAAGACCUUGCCCAGACGUCGUAUUUUAUGGCAACAAACAGGUAUCACCAAUUAAUCCUCCACCUGACGACGUUCUGUCUGCAGUACAGCCCCCCGGUGGUGGCUUGCGUGUGCAUACAUCUGGCAUGUAAAUGGUCAAACUGGGAGAUUCCCGUGUCCACUGACGGGAAGCACUGGUGGGAAUACUCCGACCCCACCUCCUCCACCCUCAUCCCAGAACGAGACACCUCCGACCCCCCUUCUGUCCGCGCCUCCUCCUCCAUCAGCCCCAGCUCGUCCUGUCUCAGCGACGUCAAAGCGGUCGCCAUCAACUCCCCCUCCAAGCUGCUGAAAUUCCUCAAGAUCCCAAACAUCACGGAAAAAUGCCAAUCCAAUCCCAAUGCGUCCGCGGUCCGGUUAAGCCCGCAGCUAACCCGAAAUUCCCGAAUUCCCUGUCGCACAAAUAACUACGAGGUUUACCAUUCUCCGGUACCAACGAGGAGAGCGACUACUACGGAAAGGUGUAGGCAGCCUCCACCGCCUCCAACCAGAUCGGAAUCUUAUCCGGCUACGCAUUCUGCUCCGACUUCUCCACCGCAAUCCGAGGAUACGCUUCCAGAAAAAGACUACGCGAGUCCAGCUAAAGCAAAGAUGGUCGCUCCUUCCACCAACGCUGCUGCUACUACUACUGCUAUUACUACUCCGGCUUCGUUGAAAAUCCCGCAAGCAAUUCCGCAUUACGAGAACAUUUGCGACAUCCAGACAGGUGUGGCAAAAGGUGGCGAAGUUGGGGUAGAGAAAAGGACAAUCCCGCAAAUCAAAACGAGCGUAGGAGAACGAAAGUUGGUCAAAUCGUUACCAGAAUCGGUUUUAAAAGCAUCAAAUGAACGGAAACAGUCCUCGUCUUCUACGACUGACACCACAUCGGACGACGAGGAUUCAGAUAGUCCAGUCUGGGUCAACCAACAGAGCUUACCCGCUUGUCAACCCUCCCUCAAAGCACAAACGGCUAACUUUGCACGUCCGAUUGAGAAGCAAGAUUUGAAAGAUGGGUUUGUUGGUUCGAUUCCCGUGGCAACGCAACCUCCUCCGCCAACAAGAAGGUCCGAAGCGUCGUCCAUACCCAAACGACCUGGCGUAGUAGCAGUACGAUCGCAAGGGGAUCCAAGCCAACACGCCUUCAAAGAGCGGUUAGCUGCAUUGGGUAAGCUAAGGAGUUCAGAGGAUUUGCAAGUUGGCAUGAAACACGUGGAGACUGCAAGUUUUGGUGAAGCUAUCGAAGAACGAAAUGUCAGGACAGUAGAUAGACAACAAGCUACUGAAAUUCAAAAAGAGGAGGUGAAGUUUUCAAAAUAUGCAGAAUCGGAUGGGAAAAAAGUUAACGAAAGAGGUUUAAAAUAUGCAACGCCAAUGUUUGAACAAGGCAUGAAAUCUCAGCAAACACCAGCAGGAGGCGCUAAGCAGGAGUUAGCAAAGUCAGACGGUUCCAAAAGUAAAAUUGGUCUUCCUUCUCCAAUAACAGACGCUCCACAAGUUCUACGCAAUAAUAUUAAAUGUCCCGGAUCGUUGAACUUAGCAUACAAUGUGAAAACGACAAGUAGUCCGAACAAAAUCCCGCCGAAAUCACCAUCGAAACCGUGUCCGAGUUCCGUUCAGAGGAUGAGCAAGCCGCCCGAAACGCCGAGGUAUUCGUCGAAAUCGGAAGAACGAACAAAAAUUAGCGGGAAGGGCAAGAAAAAUCCCAUAUUUGGAGAUAGCUUACCUCCUCCUCCACCUAAGCCACCCGUCGAAAUCCAACCGGAGAAGCCAGUGCAACCGGCGACAAGCCCGCAGUCUGCAAUCGAGCAAAAAGUUAUGAAAGGAAUUGAAGAGAAUAUGUUGAAAGAGCAAGAUAAGGUUGUGCAAAUCGGGGAGGUGAAACAAAAAACAUCCAACGGCAUCGCGAGCUGGUUUGGUUUGAAAAAAAGCAAGCUACCAGCGCUUAGUCGCAAAGCUGACGGCGUUAAAGCCAAAGACGAGAAGCGGGAAUGGAAGAUAAACAUACCGUCCGUGGGCAGGGACUCGGUCAAAGUGGCAAGCCGAUGUAAGGAAGGUGUGGAGGGGCUGAACAUAUCGACACUGAUGGAGAAAGCGGAGGGUCUUCGGAGGGCUCUGGAGGAGGAGAGGCAGUUUGUGGAGCGACAGAGCAGGGGGCAUUCAUGUGAAGUGGUGAUGGACCAGAGCCAGGGGCAACUCGCUGUCAUGUACAGAGGGGGGCGCUCUGACAACUUCAUGCAACAGCUGCUCAACAGAGUGGACGGUAAAGAGGUGGUGUGUCUGCCCCAGCGGCGUCUCUCCUUCGACUGUAAAACCUCCAAACCCAUGUUCCAUAGCGACAUCCUCCACAGCCGGGACGACAUGGAAAAGGCGACAGAGAGAAUCGCAAACGUCACAUCUGAUGAGAAUCUGGCUGACUCAGUCCAGCACUUUGCAGCGGGCUCGGGUGCUUCCACGUACACCCUGGACAGUGGCAUAGGGACCUUCCCCCUCCCUGAGUGCAGCAGUGGAGCCGCUGGCAGAGGCCUUCACCACGGCUCCUCCCCGGGCCGAGCGAGCAGGAGGUCCAGGACUCUGGAGAGGGAGGCUCCAUCGCAGGACGAAUGCUACACCCCACACAAACCCCUGAUGCCCUCUGCUCCGUACGGGCACACGCAGGAGGGCAGGACCGUCGGACUCAUCAGAGAGGAUAAAGAAGGAGCGAGUGUGUUUUCUCCGCGCACAAAGACGUGGACGUUCCCAAACCUGAAGGCUCCGGCCGGUCCUGCCGAGGUGUACCUGGCCGUGGAGGAAGAGGAGGAGGAGCCUCUGCCCUACAGCUCCCCCUACAGAGCGAACCUGAAGCCGAGCGGUCCCUCCUCCAGCCGUGCGGUGGACCCAGGCAGCCUGCCCGUCCCUGCCCAGACCGGAAUGAGCCGUCGGGGGAAGAGUCGUGCUCCAAGUGUCCCUGAGAUGAACCAGCCCGGCCUGGACCCUCUGUCUCCCAGCAGACCCCAGAACCUCGAGACCCCCGAGUCUCUGAGUGACUCCCUGUACGACAGCCUUUCCUCCUGUGGCAGCCAGGGGUGAGACAGGGGGCGGGGCCAGGGACCACCCAAACCAGGGCCCACCCGAGACCCACCCAGAGCAGGGACAGAAGCCACGGGUGGGGUCUCGGAACAUUGAAAUGUCAGGAUUACAGUUCAGAUGGAGGGCAGCGAAAAAACGAUCUCAACAUAUCUGAGUUAAAGUGGGACUAAACGUCUAAACUCCGCCCACAGUCACAUUUCAAACAGAGCUGCUAAACUGGGCAGUGUUUGGAGGACUAAAGGGGAAAGUGAGGGGGGAGGAGGGGCGGGGUCUGGACAUAUGAGGAACGGUGUGAUUGGUUUAACAGCCAGGUGUUUGUGGGAGUUCUGUGUGAUGUAACGUAGUACUUGAAAUUACCGAGGCCACUAGAGGCAGGACACAGAAAGAUGCAAAUGUACCUUUUUUGCACUAACAUUGCAAAAGAAAACAGCAAGGAACAGUUGAUCACGCUAUUCAAACACCAUGUACACAGUUCAGCAGCAAAAACGUGUUUAGCUCCACUUUAAUAUUUGCCAAAACCACACGCUUCAGCAGUUACUCCACAAUCACGAGUGGAUCUGGAAAGUCCUAGUGGCGUCACCUGCUUGUCUCCAUGGAGAUAGAUACGUUAAUGGCUUACAGUGGAACAUUCCGGGCAAAGCGAUAACACCUACAUGGAGACAAGAAGGUGAAAGACGCUCCACCAGAAAAAGUGACAUAGUUAGAAAGAGCACAGAUUAUGCUACUAAAGAGUAAACAUGCAUGACUUGUUGACCUGGUUCAUAGUUAAUAUCUCUGUAAAUGUCGUCUCUAUCAGCACAAACCAACAAAGGUCAAGUAUUUUUUCACAAAAGCUUAAAAAAGUGGUGCUACUUGUCAAGCACAUUGGGAUAGUAUGAUAAAUAUAUUAAGUAUGUGAUUCAACACGCGGGAACUUUCUGUUUUGGUAUCACUUCCUGUACAGCGCCCCCUGCCCUCCAUCUGAUACUACGCCAUGACUUUAUUCAAAAACAAUGAAUGCAACCGAUUUGAAUAUAGACUCCAAUGUUACUGUGAUGCUGCUGCUCCAUCUUUGAGGACGAAAACUGAACUGAAAAACCUUCUGGUAACGCGCCGGGGUCGUGUCACUUUUGGCUCUAUCGCAACUGGAAAGCUGAUCUCCUCAGGAUUCAAACAAGCCCAAAGCCACUCCAAUUAAAAAAACAAACAAACAAAACGUCAAAUCUUUUUCGCAGUUUGACGACGACCUUUGACCUUUCACAUGUACAGGACUGAAGCACAAUGACCCUGAUGUUAUUGUUGGCGUUUUAACUUAUUUAUCAAAAACUGCGAAACUAAAAUGUAAAUGUGUUCAGAUGACUUGAAUUCAGAAUAUUAUUUAUGAUCUGAGUGGUUUCUAGGGACUGACAAAUGAGCUGGAUCGUUUCAACCGAUAUCCAGGCUGGGUCUUUAGUUGGAUGUAAUAAGAAUAUUUACAGGCUGGUUUUGGCAUUUAAUGUUGAAAAUCACAUUGUAUUGUUUAAAGAAAGUGUUUUUUUUAUCAUCGUGGUAUCGGAAUCAGUAUCGACUCUAUUCCUUAGUACUGAAAUCGUGGAAUUUUGGUAUCUUGAACAACCAACAGUAUCCCUUAUUAGGAAAAUUAUCCAGAAAUACUUCCAAACUUGUGAAUAUUUUGAAUUCAAGUCAUUUGAACUCAGGUUUUUGCAGUUUUUGGUUCACUUGGAUGAAAGCAGUCAAGUCAGUUACAAUUUCACGGAAAAAUGUAUUAAAAAACACAGCUCCUUUUUUAUCGAAUGUCCAAGAUUUUGAACCCAUAUAAUGUACAAAAAAAAAAAAAAAAGUUUAAAUAUGUUUUUGUUUUGUUUUUACGACCGCUGAUGGUUGGACUAAAGUCUGUUUUAAAAGAUGACGUUUUAAUAUAUUGCAGCAAUAAUAACCCAAGAGAAAUGGCUCCGUUGUUCCAUGAAUAUGUAAUUGUAAUGAUUUUUAUUAUUUAUUUAUUUUCGUUUUUUGUACUUUGUGGAAUCCGUUUUGCUUCGUUUUUUUGUUCCAAACCUGUCCGUCCCGUAGACAAUAGAGGUCCGAUGUACCUACUGCCGUUUUUUUCAACUUUCUAAUAAAAAACUUUUAAUUUAA